GCAGAAUCAAAAAGGUGAAGAAGAAAAUAGGAAGUAGUCGACGAGAAGCUAGCUAGCAUGUUUAAUAUUUAGCUUAGCUGCUUCACUUCAGAAUACAGUACUAACUCAUUAACAAUCUCUUGAACGGAUUGUAGCUGUCUUGUCAUUGACUACGUGUUGUUGUUGUUGGUACGUGGGUAGGACAAUAUGAGCGGAGAGAGAGAAACGUUGUUGGAUGGAAUCGAACAGAGUUUGUGGAAUUUAACCGAGAACAAUUUACGUUACCUGUGUGAACGUUGUGGAAUAGCUGGUCAAGAUGGCCUCGACGUUAAAGGGAAGAAUUAUCGCUCGUUGCGUCGUAAAAUAGAAGAAUAUUGUGAAAGUGAUGAUUUAAUGAAAUUAGAGGACCAGGGAAUGUCUUGGUUACUCCAACUGCAAAACGACAUCAAAACGAUACAACGAGAUGCUAUCCUCAGGCAGUCAGCGCAAGUGGACACACUGGACGGCACCGAGCCAAGCAGAACCGAGAACGAUGGGGGCGCUGAGAGCUCGACAGACCCGGAUCCAGAGAGACACAUACCACCAGAACGGAGGGAGAAAGACUCAGAAGACCCAUCCUCCAGACAGUCUCCACCCAGUUCUUCAGAACCCCAACUCUCGGCGUCAUCACCGGGUCCCGACAGCAACCAUGGUGACCAGAGGUCAAAACUAGGUAGUCUGCGGAUAGUUCUACAAAAAGUUGUUGUCGUCAAGGAGGAGGAAGACGACUGGGAUUGUUGUGUUACAGGUGAGAGUCCCAACCAACCGUCUGCCAGUGAAUAUAGUCCCUCUUCAUCGGAAGAACCAGAACAUUCCGAAUCCGAAGAUCCUGAACAUUCCGAAUACGAAGAUCCUGAACAUUCCGAAUCGGAAGAACCUGAACAACGACGAGCGAAACGCAAAACUAAGACUCACUGCUGCCUAGCGUGUGGGAGGAAGUUUGUCUCCUUGUACACACUAAGGAGACACCAGAACAGGACACACACAGGAGAGGAGACGGAGAACAGUACACACACAGGAGAGGCGACAGAGAAGAGUAAAAGACAGAGUCCUGCUUCAGGAGAACCUGAACAACAGAAGAGGAAAUGGGGAGUCAGGAAGACCCACUCCUGCCCCGAGUGUGGGAGACACUGCCCAUCGUUAUCAGCACUGAAGGUCCACCAGAGAAUCCACACCGGAGAGAAGCCUUACCUCUGCUCUGAGUGUGGGAAGGGCUUCACUUAUCAAAGUAGCUUGAGAUUACACCAGAAGAAAGACUCAGCCGACAAGGUGACCUGCUGCUGUGGACAAGAGUUCUCCUCAAAGUGCGUUCUGGAGGUUCACUUGAAGACGGACACGGGAGCCAAGCCUUACACCUGCUGUGUGUGUGGCAAAGGGUUCGGUAAAAAAGAACGGCUAAAAGAACACCAGCGAUCCCACACAGGAGAGAUGCCUUACUCUUGCUCGUUCUGUGGCAAGGGUUACUACCAAAAACCGGCUUGGAAAGCCCACGAGCGAACGCACACCGAGGAGAAGCCCCUGUGCUCCGUGUGCGGACGGACCUUCUCUAAUAAGACUACGUUAAAAGUCCACCAACGAACACACACAGGAGAGAAGCCUUUCCUCUGCUCUGAGUGUGGCAAGGGCUUCCUCAGUAAAGCAUACCUGACGACCCACCAGCGAUUCAACUGUUCCGGGGGAGAAGAACGACGACGAGCGAAGAGGUUUCACAAGUGUCCGGACUGUGGGAAGGAGUUCACACAAGCAAACAAACUGGAGAGACACAUGAGAACACACACAGGAGAGAGGCCUUACCAGUGCUCUGUGUGUGGGAUGAGGUUCAACCAGAAAGGGAAUCUCAAAACGCAUUUUAAAGUGCACACAGGAGUGGAUCCCAGUUUAGUGGCUGACAUGGAGACUCCCUCUGAACAACCUCGGGACAACAGACGUAAAGCUGGGAGGCCACAACGCUGCCUCCAUCAGCAUGACGAGGAGGGAACCCAAAACCUACCGGCACCACAAACCCACCACCUCCCGGCACCACAGAGGGAGGGAACCCAAAACCUACCGGCACCACAAACCCACCACCUCCCGGCACCACAGAGGGAGGGAACCCAAAACCUACCGGCACCACAAACCCACCACCUCCCGGCACCACAGAGGGAGGGAACCCAAAACCUACCGGCACCACAGAAAACCACCAUGUCCCCCAGGGGAGAAAAACACUAUCUCUGCCCUGAAUGUGGCAAGACUUACACCCGGGAAUACGACCUCCGAGUCCACCUCAGAACGCACACGGGAGAGAGACCGUACCAGUGCGAUGAAUGCGGAAAGACUUUUGUUCGGAAACAAGGGCUCCGUCAACACCGACGGUCACACGCUCCCAAGCCCAUGGGACCGACCCGUCAGUUAGGCAGGCCCGUCAGCAUGGGUUCCAGUAGCAGGAGACCGAACCAGUCACCCAGGAUGGGAAGCUCCAAGCAGCAGUUGUCCAGGGUUGAUAAAGCCACGCCUCCGUUCUCUAGUGUAGAGAGACCCAUGCCGUUGCACACAGUGGAGAGACCCAUGCCUUUACAUCGAGUGGAGAGACCCAUGCCGUUACCAGACAUGGAGAGAGAACACUGGCAGUACUGGCAUCUUUAAACUCCACGGCUAUGGUCUGCACCCUAUUCCCUAUGUAGUGCACUGCUUUUGACCAGGGCUCAUGGACCAAAUGUGUAGUGCACUAUAAAUGGAAUAGGGUGCCAUUUUGGACAUUGCAUGUCUCUCAUGACUAAACAGAACUGUUAUUUUUGCUUCCGUUUGUGUGUGUGUGUGUUGUUGUUGCUUCCUCAUUUGUGGUCAGUAUAAUAAUCGUUACCGCUGAGCGAGAUAAUCUUGCCAACUGUAGUUAUAGUGUCGUACAUAUUUUUAAAUCAACAAAAAAAUGAAGCGAUUGCAUUUUUGUUCAUUCUAGUGUUUUAAAAAAAUAUAUAUAAAAAAAAAUGUUAUUUUACAUAUUCAAGCUGUAAUGAUGCAACAAUAAGAAUCCACAGAGACGUACGUGUCAUAAUGCCAGUAUCAAACGGUCCGCCCUUUUUCUAUAUGCCUUAUAACAUUAUAACAUUUUGAUUUCAUUGACAGUAUAAGCAGAGAUGGCUAAGUUGUCAGAGAUGUCAUCUGUUGUCUUUACACUUCAACCCGGAUGGUGGCGGUGUGUGUGUGUGUGUGUUGCUUCCUCAUCUCAUCAGUACAAUAAAGUCUGCUGUGUUGUGUAAGAUAAUCAUUCCAACUGUAGUUGUCGUCCUGUGCAUAUUUUAAAUCAACAAAAAUGAAGUGUUUGCAUUUUA